GCUCGCGCCGGGCGAGUCUUCGCGUCUCCCUCGCGAACUCGGUGAAAGGAAUUGGCGCCGUUCGACACCAGGCGGGUCCGCUCUGCAGCACGCACCCAUCUCCAGCCGCAGCCGCCGCCGCCGCCAGGGGCCGAGGGAGCCGAGCCGAGGUCGAGCCAGCAGCCAGCGGCGAAGCCGGGCCUCACCAUGAGUUCCUCGCCCGUUAAUGUCAAGAAGCUGAAGGUGUCGGAGCUGAAGGAGGAGCUCAAGAAGCGGCGCCUCUCCGACAAGGGCCUCAAGGCCGACCUCAUGGACCGGCUCCAGGCCGCGCUGGACGAGGAGGCCGGGGGCCGCCCCUCCACGGAGCCCGGGAACGGCAGCCUCGACCUGGGCGGAGACGCGGCCGGGCGCUCGGGCGCGGGCCUGGAGCAGGAGGCCGCGGCGGGCGGCGACGAGGACGAGGAGGAGGAGGAGGAGGGCAUCGCGGCGCUCGACGGCGACCAGAUGGAGCUCGGGGAGGAGAACGGGGCGGCGGGGGCGGCCGAGGCCGGCGCCGGGGAGGCGGAGGAGGCGGCCUCGGAGGACGAGAACGGCGACGACCAGGGCUUCCAGGAGGGCGAGGACGAGCUGGGCGACGACGACGACGGCGCGGGCGACGAGAACGGCCACGGGGAGCAGCAGCCCCAACCGCCGGCGGCGCCGCGACCCGAGACUGCGUCACCGCCUCCGGCCGCGUUCCGAGCGGGUGGUUUGCGUUCUCGUCCCGGCCGUCGGGUGAUCGGCACAACCGGGUGGAAAAAUACAGCCCUUGGGGCGUCGGUCUCCACGCGGAAGCGGCGUUCUCGUCUCGGUGGCUGGGUCUCUUCAAGGGGCGCUGUGGUUGUAGGAGACGGCAAAACAGAGCAGAAAGGCGGAGAUAAAAAGAGAGGUGUUAAGAGACCCCGAGAAGAUCAUGGCCGAGGAUACUUUGAGUACAUUGAAGAGAACAAGUACAGCAGAGCCAAGUCUCCUCAGCCACCUGUGGAAGAAGAAGAUGAACACUUCGAUGACACAGUGGUUUGUCUUGAUACUUAUAAUUGUGACCUACAUUUUAAAAUUUCAAGAGAUCGCCUUAGUGCUUCUUCCCUUACUAUGGAAAGUUUUGCUUUUCUUUGGGCUGGAGGAAGGGCAUCUUAUGGUGUGUCAAAAGGAAAAGUAUGCUUUGAGAUGAAGGUUACAGAGAAGAUCCCAGUAAGGCAUUUAUACACAAAAGACAUUGACAUACAUGAAGUGCGCAUUGGCUGGUCACUAACCACAAGUGGAAUGUUGCUGGGUGAAGAAGAGUUUUCUUACGGGUACUCUCUAAAGGGAAUAAAGACAUGCAACUGUGAGACAGAAGAUUAUGGAGAGAAGUUUGAUGAAAAUGAUGUCAUUACAUGUUUUGCUAACUUUGAAAGUGAUGAAGUAGAACUCUCUUACGCUAAGAAUGGACAAGAUCUUGGCAUUGCCUUCAAAAUCAGUAAGGAAGUUCUAGCUGGACGGCCACUCUUCCCACAUGUUCUCUGCCACAACUGUGCAGUUGAAUUUAAUUUUGGUCAGAAGGAAAAGCCAUAUUUCCCAAUACCUGAAGACUAUACUUUCAUCCAGAAUGUCCCCUUAGAAGAUCGAGUUAGAGGACCAAAGGGGCCCGAAGAGAAGAAAGACUGUGAAGUUGUGAUGAUGAUUGGCUUGCCAGGAGCUGGCAAAACUACUUGGGUUACUAAACAUGCAUCUGAAAAUCCUGGCAAGUACAACAUUCUUGGGACAAACACCAUUAUGGAUAAGAUGAUGGUUGCAGGCUUUAAGAAGCAAAUGGCGGAUACUGGAAAGCUGAACACACUCUUACAGAGAGCCCCACAGUGUCUUGGAAAGUUUAUCGAGAUUGCUGCUCGAAAGAAGCGUAAUUUCAUUCUGGAUCAGACAAAUGUGUCUGCUGCUGCCCAGAGGAGAAAAAUGUGCCUGUUUGCAGGCUUCCAAAGGAAAGCUGUUGUAGUUUGCCCAAAAGAUGAAGACUAUAAGCAGAGAACACAGAAGAAAGCAGAAGUAGAGGGGAAGGACUUGCCAGAGCAUGCAGUCCUCAAAAUGAAAGGAAACUUUACCCUGCCGGAGGUGGCUGAGUGCUUUGAUGAAAUAACCUAUGUUGAACUUCAGAAGGAAGAAGCCCAAAAACUUCUGGAGCAGUAUAAAGAGGAAAGCAAAAAAGCACUUCCACCAGAAAAGAAGCAAAACACUGGCUCAAAGAAGAGCAAUAAGAAUAAGAGUGGCAAGAACCAGUUCAACAGAGGCGGUGGUCAUAGAGGACGUGGAGGAUUCAAUAUGCGUGGGGGCAACUUCAGAGGGGGAGCUCCUGGGAAUCGUGGUGGUUACAACAGGAGGGGCAAUAUGCCACAGCGAGGUGGUGGCGGUGGUGGAAGUGGUGGCAUUGGCUAUCCCUACCCUCGUGGCCCUGUGUUUCCUGGCCGAGGUGGCUACUCAAACAGAGGGAACUACAAUAGAGGUGGAAUGCCCAACAGAGGAAACUACAACCAGAAUUUCAGAGGACGAGGAAACAAUCGUGGUUACAAAAAUCAAUCUCAGGGCUACAACCAGUGGCAGCAGGGUCAAUUCUGGGGUCAGAAGCCAUGGAGUCAGCAUUAUCACCAAGGAUAUUAUUGAAUACCCAAAUAAAACGAACUGAUACAUAUUUCUCCAAAACCUUCACAAGAAGUCGACUGUUUUCUUUAGUAGGCUAACUUUUUAAACAUUCCACAAGAGGAAGUGCCUGCGGGUUCCUUUUUUAGAAGCUUUGUGGGUUGAUUUUUUUUUCUUUUCUUUUUUGUACAUUUUUAAUUGCAGUUUUAAAGUGAAUCGUAAGAGAACCUCAGCAUUGUGCACGAUAAGAGAAUGUGUCAGUAUUUCAGGGUUCUACAUUUUAUCUGUAAAAUGUGACUUUUUUUUUAUCACAACAAAAGUAAAAUGUUGCUUUGUACCUGGUGUCUUUUAUUAAGAAUUUACUCCCCCCAUUUCUCACAGAGAAUAACAGUCGGGAGUCAUUGUCACAAUAUAAUAGAAAUGUUAGCAACCAGAUUCAUGUAAGGACUAGCAGUCCUCAUGAAUUUCGUAAGACUCUGUAAUGCUCAUAUUACACUCCAUCCUCUCUAGUUUUCUGGGUAAUAGUGCAAGGGGGUAAGCUAAAUAGUAAAUUGUGACAAAAACUGGGAAGGCCUUUUCUAUUUAAAUAACAAUGGAAUUGGUAUAAUUGGGAAUGAAGGUGAAAAUUGGAACCAAGGUGGAGAAGAUGGAGUGUAUGUAGAAGGGCUGUUAAACAAUGUAAAACUUGGUUGCAUUAUUUGUGGAGGCUCAAACUUGUGAAGGUUAAAUACCAUAAUUUUUCCAUUUGUUCUGCAUUUUGAUUCUGAAAGAAAGCUGGCUUUGCCCAUUUCUUAUUAAAAAACUUGUUGUAAAUCCAGUUGUCUAAUGGGAUCUAUAUGAAGUUAGCUAUGUCUGUAUGCCCUUCUCCCACAAAAUACUGUAUAACUAGUGUGCUUGUAGUAGUUAACUCCACCAUCUUUGUAAGCUAAUGAAAUUGUGAGUCACCCAUUUAUAUCUUAAUUUCUAAUCAUGUCAGUUAUUGAAUGGGUAUCUCCUUAGCCUGCUGAUUUCUUUUUCCUUCUAAAGAAAGUGGGUGGAGAAAUUAAUUUAGACGUUUGUUUGCAAUAAAAAGAAUUCAUUUUA